CACGAGAGCCAACGAGCGGCAGAAGGAAACAGCCCCCGCCGCUGGGCGGGAGUCUCCUCACUGAGCUGAGAUGCCCAGACAAUUUCCAAAGCUGAACAUCUCUGAGGUUGAUGAGCAAGUACGCCUUCUAGCAGAGAAAGUAUUUGCUAAAGUUCUCCGAGAAGAAGACAGCAAAGAUGCAUUGUCACUAUUCACUGUGCCUGAAGACUGCCCUAUUGGGCAGAAAGAGGCUAAGGAAAGGGAGCUGCAGAAGGAACUGGCAGAACAACAGUCUGCAGAAACAGCUAAAAGGAAGAAAAGUUUCAAGAUGAUUCGAUCCCAGUCUUUGUCAUUACAAAUUCCAUCUCAGGAAUGGAAAGCACCAUCAGCCAAUCCUGUUCUGUCUCCUGCAACACCAGUUGUUCCAAGUGCUUUUCUGCCAGUUCAAGUGCCAUACGAUGUACCAGAGUUUCAGAGAGUUUCAAUUAGUGGGGACUACUGUGCAGGGGUUACAGUUGAUGAUUAUGAGCAAGCUGCCAAGAGCCUGGUGAAAGCUCUUCUCAUUCGGGAAAAGUAUUCUCGUCUUGCCUACCAUCGCUUCCCAAGAACAACAUCUCGGUAUUUGUGUAGCAUGCAAGAUGAAAAAUGGAGGGUUGAAGAUGAAGUGUAUCCAGAUUUCCAUUCACCCCCAGAAGAAAAUGAAGAUCCUUACAAUCUUGAUGAUGCUCCAGACAAUUUGGAUUAUGUUAUCAAGAUAAAAGGUGGCAUUCCCUUUGUUUACAAUAACAAAGAAAUGAUGGAACUCAAUGAGCCUCGGAGUCUGCCAUAUCCUGACCUUGAGACAUAUACCCUUGACCUGAGCCACGUUCUUGCUCUAAUUGCAGAUGGUCCAACAAAAACAUAUUGUCAUCGGAGGCUUAACUUCUUAGAAUCUAAAUUUAGUUUACAUGAGAUGUUAAAUGAAAUGUCAGAAUUUAAAGAAUUGAAGAGUAAUCCACAUCGAGACUUUUAUAAUGUGAGAAAGGUUGAUACUCAUAUCCAUGCUGCUGCUUGCAUGAACCAGAAACACUUAUUGAGGUUUAUUAAGCACACAUAUCAAACGGAGCCCAACAGGAUUGUUGCAGAGAAGAAAGGCAAGAAGAUGACUUUAAAGCAAGUCUUUGAAAGCCUUCACAUGGAUCCUUAUGACCUCACUGUAGACUCUCUAGAUGUCCAUGCAGGUCGUCAAACAUUUCAUCGAUUUGACAAAUUCAAUUCGAAGUACAAUCCAGUUGGUGCCAGUGAGCUCAGGGACUUGUAUUUGAAAACUGAGAACUACAUUGGUGGUGAAUAUUUUGCUCGUAUGGUCAAGGAAGUAGCCCGUGAACUAGAAGAAAGUAAGUACCAGUAUACAGAACCCCGCUUAUCCAUUUAUGGACGGUCUCCAGAUGAAUGGCUGAACUUGGCAAAAUGGUUCAUUAAGCAUAAAGUUUAUUCCCCUAAUAUGCGCUGGAUAAUUCAGGUUCCCAGAAUCUAUGACAUAUUCAGGUCAAAAAAUAUUCUGCCUAGUUUUGGGAAGAUGUUGGAGAACAUCUUUGUACCUUUGUUUGAAGCUACAAUCAAUCCCAAAGACCACAAAGAAUUGCACCUUUUCCUCAAAUACGUGACUGGCUUUGACAGUGUUGAUGAUGAGUCCAAACAUAGUGGCCAUAUGUUUUCUGAAAAAAGCCUUAACCCUGACCUCUGGACCAGUGAGAAGAAUCCCCCAUAUAGCUAUUAUUUGUAUUAUAUGUAUGUGAACAUCAUGUUGCUAAACAACCUCAGAAGGGAAAGAGGCAUGUGUACUUUUCUGUUUCGACCGCACUGUGGAGAAGCUGGGUCUAUCACACACCUUGUAUCAGCCUUUCUGACAGCAGACAACAUUUCUCACGGAUUGCUACUGAAAAAGAGUCCUGUCCUCCAGUAUCUUUAUUAUCUUGCACAAAUACCCAUUGCUAUGUCCCCACUUAGUAACAACAGCCUAUUCCUGGAGUACUCAAAAAAUCCACUACGGGAGUUUCUACAUAAGGGACUUCAUGUCUCUCUCUCCACAGAUGAUCCUAUGCAGUUUCAUUACACAAAGGAAGCUCUCAUGGAAGAAUAUGCUAUUGCAGCCCAGGUGUGGAAACUAAGUACCUGUGACUUGUGUGAAAUAGCAAGAAACAGCGUACUACAGAGUGGAUUGUCAGAUAAGGAAAAGCAGAAAUUCUUAGGGGUGAAUUACUGUAAAGAAGGGCCUGAGGGAAAUGACAUUCGAAAGACAAAUGUUGCACAGAUCCGGAUGGCCUUCAGGUACGAGACACUGUGCAAUGAACUUAGUUUCCUGUCUGAUGCUAUGAGAACAGAAGAGAUUUCUACUCUGACAAAGUAAUUACAAACUCAAAGAAAUCAGAACAUCCCACUCCUAAGAAGGAAGAAUUGCUGACUAAGAUUGAAUCAUCUGUCUUUGAUGCUACCAAGACAUAACUGAACAGUACAGAGAAAAAGAUUAUCUAUUUAUGGAAGGUAAACAGUGUUUGCCAUUAUUUUUUAAUGCAUUAUUCUCAUUGCAAAAACUUCAGGUUUUAUCAGCAUUAGGCUUUGUAAGAUGGCUGUAAAUACUAGAUGCAAGCUCAGACUCCUGUAAUAUUUGUUUCAUGCUGUCUUAACUGUACACUGUAUUGUAGCUUGGAAAACAACAGAAUAUUCGUAGCCCAUCUGUGACAUGCACCUUACAAUUCUGCAGAUGUGGACAGUACACAUCCAUCUGGUUUUGUCCUGCUAGUCUCAGCAGCAGUCAUGGCAUUUAGCACUUGUAAGUUUAACCCUUUAUCAUUAGCAGUUUGUAUGGGGUGCAUAAUUUUGAGGCUAGCCUUUCGUUCUGGAAGGUGUUCUGACACAGUUUUUAUCUUAAUGUUUCAGACUGGAAAACAAGAAAAACCAGAAUCAGGUAGUCUUGUUUAAUGACUAACUACUUCCUGUUGUCAUGUAGGAUAUCAGUGAAGAACAGCAAAUUAAUGCUUUCUAAUCUAGUAAGUAGAAAACAUAGUGUCGAAUUCACCAUUGUAUGUUGUAAUAAUGAGUCUAAUUCUAUCAUGAAAACUUUGCCUUGAAAGGUGAGAAUACUUUUUUAUUGGUUUGUAAUGGGAAUAUGUGGAUAUGCCAGUUCAAAUUACUUAGAAAUUUACGCAGAUAAUUUUGGUUGCAUGUAAAGAGGAAUUUUUUACUUGAACAAAGGAAGUGUUCUUAUGAAUCAGUGGUAGAACCUCCAGACCUGGGUUCUGGUCCUACUUCUGACAUCUUUUUUACACAUUUGCAUUCGUUUAUAUUUUCGUUGGUUAGAGUUGAAUGAGAAGUCAAACUGUCUAUUUAUACAGAAGCUAGCCCACUUGAAACACAGCAUUUCAAAUUAUGUUGAACUUUUUAUUUAUGAUGGAGUGGCUAGUAAAAUACAGCUCCUGGAAUAUUUAUUUAUCACUUUCACUCUUUCUUCUAUUUGCUCAUCCUUCUUAAGGCACAGUACUACACAUUCAGAAAAGAUUAAAGGUUGUAACAUGAUAGCAUUUAUGUACUGUGGAAACUGCAUGUAGUUUCACACCCAAAAAGAGUUGAGGCUAGAGGCAGCAGAGGAUGUUGAUGCCUUUAAGUCCAACAUUAUACUUCUUGAGACCUAAAUUCCUUAAGCUAAGAUAACGAGCCUAUGGUUAGAGCCUUUGGGAUCUCAUUUAAUACAGAGGGAGGUUAGGCAGCUUCAGGCAGUAACUGAAAAUUCACACACAAGAAGGACAAAUAAUGAACACUAACCAAUCAAGCCUCACUAGACUUAAAACACUUGAUGUUUUGCAUCAGACAAUGUGUGCCACUUUAUUCCUUAGGCCAUGCCCUUCCUCCAGGGUUUGGGCUCCUACAUCCUUCCUUUCAAGAGCUGAUCAGGUCUCACUUUCCCUUGUAAAUGCAGCCAGAAGUAGCAGUGAUGACAUCACCAGUAGCAAAUGACUCAUUAAUGGUAUGAAUGUAUACAGGCAUUGAAGACAUACACUCUCCCUUUAGGCUGUGGCACUUCAAAGCAGUAUCUACAAGGACACGUUUUAAAUGUACUUGCUGUCCCAAAAUGGUGAUUGCAGGGAAAUGGCAUCAAAGUAAGGGAAGGAGGAGUUCCCUAUCACCUCCUAUAGCUGUAAGAGCCCCACAAGAGAGACUAAACCUAAAGACCUUUAGGAAACAGCCUGGAAGUAAGCCUGCUCUGAGGGAGACCAAGGCACAGGAGCAGAGUUCUGGACAUCCAGGCACUAUUAGUGUGUCAUGCACAGGGGCUGCAGUGAUUGCAGACAUUGUUAAUCUAAUAUAUGGUUGCAUAUUGACAGGUGGUGGGAGACAUGACUUCAGCUCUUCAGCAACCUAGUCUAUUGUCUGCAGUGUUCAACUGCUGCCAGACUUUAUACUCCUUGUGCAGCUAAAAAACUGUGCUACAGGAAAACUGUGCUACACUGCUCAACUGUACAAUAACGCAAUGGUCCAAAGUUCUUAAAUCAACAGUGCCUAUUGGCUUCACUGUUAAACUUCAUAUAAUCCAUUACCAAGAUGGGUGAAUGUAAUUUUCUUAGGACAAAGUCUGAAAACAGGGGUUCAAGCAUUUUAGCUGCAUAAAAUUCAGACACCUUGUUUUCUUUAGUACAACUUACUAAUCAGUUGUUAUCUACAUAACAUUAAUUUCCUGAGAAAAGCAUCUGUGUCCAGGUGAAAUAAGUAACAUGCUUGGUUUGAAGAAUCUAAAUUGUAUUUUCAUCUGACAAACAUUACUGUACUUGGGUUGUUUCACCUUAAUACUGCUACUAGUGUUGCUUCUGUUGUCACUUAGAUCUUUGUUUUCUUAAUAUUAUACUAAAUUUGUAUAUGUUUAAUACCUUUUCAUCUUUCCUUACCUCAAACUCAUCAGGUUCUAAUAUGUCUGUAGCUCUUACUAAAGAAAAAAACACAAACUGGGUUUAAAUACAGAGUUAAUGGAUAGUAAUUAGGAUUUUGACAGUAAUAACAUGCGAAUGGUCACGAGCAGAGAUUCUGCUUUCUGGGCUUCCAUGUGCACUGCUUUUAAGGAUAAAUUAAGCUAAUAGUGUUGCAUUUAGGGGAACAAACCUGACAUCCUUUCAUGCUUCCAUAACUACAUCUCUUUUGGUCAUCUUUUAAUUAGGCAAAAGUUACCGAUUCUCAAAUGUAGUGUUUAAAAUUCAGCUGCUUUUUUUUCCAAGUUGCACUUUUGUUCUAAUGUAUGGCUGUUCAAAAUAACCUUGCAGUCUGAGGAUAUGUGUACAAUGAAGGGCAGGUCCAGUGUGAACUACUGUCAUAAACAUUUACUCAAAUACAAGACAGGGUAGUUGCUGAUUCUCCCUACCCCCACAGCAUUGAGACCAAACCUGGUUACAUCACAGCUUGUGUUAUACUCGAACAAAAAGGGACUUGGAAGAACAUCACUGUAGAGGGUUACUGGGGUGGGUGUUGCUUCAGAAUGGGAGACUAUCCUAUUUUCUCAUCAUUUCAUUGGUGUUAAGAUUCAAACAUUAUUAAAGAUUUCCUUAAAUGUUAUUUCAGAGCAUUUUAUACGUUCAUGUAAAAUGGUCGAUUAUGGUUAUUUGAUGUUUACAACGUAUUUUUCAGAACAGUUUCUAGUGACGCUCUUCCAUUCUGUUACAGUCCUUUAGCAAAGCAGGCAUUUACUCUGCUGCUGGGUUAUGCAAGUCCACCUCAGAGCCACCUCACCUUCUCCUAUCAUUUUGUUCAUUACUUGUCACUAAACCUUCCUGUUCUAUUUGCCUAGUUAAAAUCUAAGUCUGAAAAAGGUGGGUGAGGGGGAAGGAUGUCUGUAAAAACUGCUUUUUCUUUCUGUGCCUGGGUUAAAUCAUGUUUAUCUUUUGCCUCUU